CGUAAGAAGAAUGGUCUAGAACGUUUUUCUUUAUUUAAACGUUUUGUUUGUAUUUAUGUGAAUUAUUAUUUUGUUAAACUCUCAUUGUAGACCGUUUAAAUUAAUGUAUUUCAAAGUUGUCCUCAUUACUGAGUGUGUUUGUAAUAUUUUUUUUCCUAUUUUAAGUCAUCGUAAAAAUAUUUGUAUUGUACAUUUAUACAGAUACUACGGAAGCCGGAACCUGGCACUUUCAGAUGACUCGUGUUACUUUUCUCCGCGCUGAUCAGAAUGAUUCGGGACGUAAAGACUGCGUGACUCAUAUUGUUCACACAAUAAUAUACAGAUUGCAGCUUAAAAAUUAAAUUUAAAUUGAAGAAAAAACCUGUCGGACGAAAAGAUUUCAAAGAUUUCACUUUUGGACGUACGAAUGUCUGUGGUAGGACAAACACUGCUGUGAGCGCCCUCUGUCUGCGGAUUCGGUCACUACAGCAGCAGCACUGUCGUGACAUCACAUCACAUCACAUCAGACCUUCACCGAACCGAACCGACACACAUCAGAAAUCAUGUCUGACGACGAAAAGCUGCCGUCCGGCUGGGAGAAGAGAAUGAGCCGGAGUUCGGGUAGGGUGUAUUACUUCAAUCACAUCACUAAUGCCAGUCAGUGGGAGAGGCCGAGCGCGUCGGCUGAUGGAGUCGGUGAGGUGGAGAAGGUUCGCUGCUCUCAUCUGCUGGUGAAACACAGGGAGUCUCGCCGGCCGUCCUCCUGGAGAGAGGAGAACAUCACACGCCCUAAAGAGGAGGCGCUGGAGCUCAUUCACAAUUACAUUGAACAGAUCAAAUCUGGCCAGGAGGACUUUGAGAGGUUGGCAUCUCAGUUCAGCGACUGCAGCUCAGCACGUAACGGAGGAGAUCUGGGCGUGUUCGGACGAGGUCAGAUGCAGAAGCCGUUUGAAGAAGCCUCGUUCGCACUGAAGGUUGGAGAUAUGAGCGGUCCUGUCUUCACUGACUCCGGGGUUCACAUCAUCCUGAGGACAGGAUAAACACACACACACACACACACACUCAUUCCUGAAGAACGUCCUUCCUGUAACUCAAAUCUGCACGAUACAAACACUGAUCUGAUCUUCCUCACUGUAUGAACCCUGCAUCUGUUCCCAGCAUUCCUUCAUCAGGUCAUCGGUCUCUUCCAUGAGCAUAUGUCACCGUAUAACCAAUAAAAAUGAUGGUAUCACUAAAGAACAUGCUCCUGUGUUUAUAUCAACGCUGCUUUAUUAUUGCUCUUAAAGGAUGUUUGUGUUUCUGACUCCAUGAUGUCUGAACUAGUGUACGGUGAAGUGUGACUGUGAUGAGUCUGAGGUUAAACCACUGUCCUGUAGCACACAGAUGUCAUCCACACUGGAAGUGAUGCGAGCGAUGCCUUCAGUGUGUGACACAGCGCCACCUGCUGCUCCAAUAAUGUCAAUAAACAUUACAUUAGCCGGUGAACUUUGAGAUAAGUGCUGUUCAUUUCAUUCAUCUGCUGUGCUUACAUUCUGUCGAAUGUUACGUUGGUAAGGUGCUGAAAUAUCAAUAUCGGCUAAAUGUGCCUCAUUUACUCCCCUAGUGUCACGUCAAACCUGAAGAAGUUUGAUCAUCUAACAACACUGAACUCAACUGAGACAUUUCUCUAAAUAUCUUCUGGGGUGUUUCACUGAGAAAAGUCAUGUAAUGAUUUACAAACACUUGAGAGAGGAUGAAUCCUUUCUCUUUAAAAAGAGAAUGUGAUGUUCCUAAAACUAGAGAAACAUCUUGAAUCUGUCAUGAGCACUCAAACGGUUGUGACCCGUCACUCAAAAAUAAUUCAUUUUUCUUGGACAUGAAGAAGGCCUGAGAAGUUUGAGCUUCUGGGAAAUCACAAUCACUGAUUCACCGGGGACGUCUGUUCACACUGGACCUGAUUGGAAAGUUCCCGUUACGUAAUGAAAACCUUCUUUCUGAAUGUCUUCAAAUGUUCUCACGUUUAUUUAUUGUUUUCCUAGAACAUUUAGCAUUGACAAGUCAUGUUGAGGAAACGCUCUUUAAACGUUAUUGCAAGAACAUUUUUGAUAACAAAGAGUAUUUUAGUGGAAUUGAAGCUAAACGAACUAACAUGAACAUGAACAGAGAUGAAUAAAUGUGAAUGUGAAGGUUAUCGACUGACUGUGUCUGGAUUUAAAGAUGCAGGAGCAGGUACAUCUCACUUUCAUCUCACUCUAGAGUCCUCUGGAGCGCUCAUCUAAUCAUGUUCCUCAUGCUGUACAUCUCAGGUGAUUCUUUAUCUGGACACAGCGGGCUGUUGAAGAUCACAGUAUCUGAUUUUGUGUUUGUUCAUUUGUGUCAGAAUAAAUGCACGGCUGUUGUUUUGUGCUGGAUCAUUUCACAGACAUGAAACAGCAUUAUUUGUUACUUGUCAAUAUAGGAAAGAAAUGAUCUUAAAGCCCAGAACUGAACUCAUGUGAAGAAUUUCAUCAUGUUGUGACCAUUAAUGUUGAAAUAUAUCCUGAGACUUGUCGUGACUUCA